GUGUUGUUGUUGUUACUGUUGUUUUUGUUGUAUUAUCAUCUGUGUCAAAAUAUUUUGCACGUUCGUUGAAAAUUUGAUUUAUUUCGUGUAGAAGGUCUUCCUGACCCUCUUUCCUUUCAACUUCUGUGUUUCGAACCAGAACUUUGUCAAAAUGGGGAAACGCCAACAUCAAAAGGAUAAGAUGUACUUGACGUACACCGAAUGGAGCACUUUAUAUGGAGGCAAGAAAGCAGAUGUUCCCAAUUCUGAUGAGGCAAAUUUUCGUCGGCUUCCAUUUGACCACUGCUGUGUCAGCCUUGUCCCCUGGGAAAAUCCGUAUUGUGAUCUCAAUGGCAACGUUUUUGAACUACAGGCAAUCAUGACCUACUAUAAAAAAUACAAGAAAAACCCCAUAUCUGGGGAGGCAUUGGAUUUAAAAACAUUGACAAAACUUAAUUUUGCCAAAAAUGCAGAAGGAGAGUAUCAUUGCCCUGUUAUGUUCAAAUCAUUCUCCAAUAGUUCACAUAUUGUUGCCAUCAGAACAACUGGGAAUGUUUUCUCAUACGAGGCUGUUGAACAGUUAAACUUUAAGACUAAAAACUUUAAAGACCUUUUAACAGACCAAGAAUUUAUCAGGAAAGACGUAAUAACUAUUCAAGAUCCUCAACAAGUUGACAAGUUCAACCUUUCAACCUUCUUUCACAUUAAAAAUAGUCAUCGCUUAAUUGAUGAUGAUGAUUCAGAUCCAACUGCCCGUUUAAAGUUCGUGAACAAGGAAACCCAACAAGUUUUAGAUACACUUGCUAAAGAAUAUAAGGCCCCAGAGAAAAAAAAUGUUGUGAAAGAAAAGGCAGAUAAAUUUAAUGCUGCUCAUUAUACAACUGGUGCUGUAGCUGCUGGCUUUACCUCUACUGUUAUGGCUCCUGAAACUAAAGCAGAGGCUGCAAUUGUUGAGGAAGAUCUAGUACGCUAUGAGCGAGUGAAAAAGAAGGCUUAUGUUCGUCUUUACACAAAUUUUGGUCCUCUAAACUUGGAACUUCAUUCAGAUAUUGUACCUAAGACUUGUGAAAACUUUUUGAAGCAUUGUGAUUCUGGAUACUACAAUGGUACAAAAUUUCAUCGGUCUAUACGUAACUUUAUGAUACAAGGUGGUGAUCCAACAGCAACGGGUACUGGUGGUCAGUCGAUAUGGGGUAAACCUUUCGAAGAUGAAAUUAAACCACACUUAACUCACACUGGACGGGGCAUUCUGUCUAUGGCAAAUUCUGGAACUGAUACUAACAAAUCUCAGUUCUUCAUUACUUAUCGCUCAUGUCGACAUUUAGACAGUAAACAUACUGUAUUCGGAAAGGUUGUCGGAGGUCUUGACACACUCACUGCAAUUGAGCAGGUUGAAGUUGACAAUAAAGAUAGGCCAAUAGAAGAUAUAGUGAUUGAAAGAGCAAGUGUUUUUGUUGAUCCUUACACAGAGGCUGAUGAGCAGUUGGCUGCUGAGAGGGAAAAAGAAAGGCAGAAACUUGCAGAAGAGCAAGCAACAUCAAGGCAGCAUGUACCUAAAAAGGACGCAGAGUUGAAAGUAUAUCGUUCUGGUGUUGGAAAAUACAUUCCAAAGCUUGAAACCCUCAAACCUGAUAAGUCAGACAAGACUGAGCCAGUCCCCAAAAAGAAAAAAGUUGCAGGUUACCAAUUCGGAACAUUUAGUAAUUGGUGAACUGCCACUUUUCGCAGAAGAUGUAUGUACAUGGUGUAAAUAUAUUUUUGAUUUCAAUAAAUUUAAUUUUUAAUCCUCCAAA